GCCAGUUGUGGUGCACUUCGAAAAGCGUUAUUGAAAACUUAAGAGGUGCUAAAAAGCGGGAACAUAUGGGGGCGUUUUCAUGUCUCAUGUUCGUGCAGUUGUUGCCACGCUGACGCGCAUGCGCGGUUAGCUAAUCCGGUUUGUUGUGAGGCUGCAUGCUCGGCCAGGCUCGCGUAGUUCCUCAGCGAAGCUGUAGACGGCAAUAUGGCUCCUUGCUGUGUUACGCCAAAUUUGCUGUCGUUGGUUUCGAGGCACAGACUGCGUUUUUGCGCGCCUUUGGUGAGAAAUCAGUCAUGGACGUCCAUUUACACGACGGAUCCGAUAGACCCAAAAGAGGAUAAGUUCAAGAAAAUCCUCAUCGCUAACCGGGGCGAGAUAGCCUGCCGAGUUAUUCGCACUUGUAAGCUGAUGGGCAUUAAGACGGUGGCCGUGCACAGCGACGUAGAUUCACGUAACUUGCAUGUGAAGCUCGCCGACGAAGCGUACUGCAUUGGGCCUGCACCGACCAGUCAGAGCUACCUGCGUGUUGACGCUGUACUUGACGCUGUCAAGAGGUCCGGAGUCGAUGCAGUUCAUCCUGGAUAUGGUUUUCUGUCCGAAAACAUGGACUUUGCCGCACAGCUUACUGAGGUUGGCGUCACAUUCAUUGGCCCCAAUUCCAAAGCCAUUCACAUGAUGGGCGACAAGAUUGAAAGCAAGCGCAUAGCAAAUGCCGCUAAAGUGAAUUGUAUCCCUGGAUUUGACGGCGUUGUGAAGACGCCGGAGGAGUGCGUGAAAAUAGCGCAAAGUAUUGGCUAUCCAGUCAUGAUUAAGGCAUCAGCUGGCGGUGGUGGCAAAGGUAUGCGUAUCGCCUGGAAUGACAAGGAGGCUAUGGACGGAUUUCGCUUCUCUUCUGAGGAAGCGAAGUCAAGUUUUGGGGAUGACAGACUGCUGGUGGAAAAGUUCAUCGACAAGCCGCGCCACAUUGAGGUGCAGUUGAUGUGUGACAAGCACGGGAACGCUGUGUACCUGAAUGAACGAGAAUGUUCCAUCCAACGAAGGAACCAAAAGGUUAUCGAAGAGUGUCCGAGUACGUUCUUGGACCCCGAGACACGCAAGGCCAUGGGUGAGCAAGCGGUGUCACUGGCGCUGGCUGUGGGAUACGAUUCUGCAGGUACAGUCGAGUUUCUGGUAGAUUCAAAGAAGAACUUCUAUUUUCUUGAAAUGAACACUCGUCUUCAGGUGGAGCACCCUAUUACGGAGUGUGUGACAGGCGUGGACAUUGUGCAUCAGAUGAUCAGAGUUGCCAAGGGCCACCCACUUCGCAUUUCUCAAAAGGACAUUCCUCUUCGGGGCUGGUCAUUCGAGUGCCGAGUUUAUGCAGAAGAUCCUUUCAAGCAUUUUGGCCUGCCCUCAAUAGGGCGACUCUACCAGUACAUUGAGCCAGACCACAUUCCGAAUGUGCGCUGCGACAGUGGCAUUGUUGAAGGCAGUGAAAUAAGCAUUUACUAUGAUCCGAUGAUCUGUAAAUUGGUUACAUACGGGGACAACAGAGAGGCUGCAAGGCUCACAAUGCUGAAGGCAUUGGAUGCUUAUGUCAUCCGAGGUGUCACUCAUAAUAUAAGCUUGCUGAGGGCAGUUCUUUCAGAGCCUCAUUUUAUCAAAGGUGAUAUUGACACUGGGUUCCUGCCACGGAUUUAUCCGGAUGGUUUCAAGGGCAAAGAAUUGUCUGAAAAAGAGUACACUCACUUUUCUUGCUUGGCAGCAGCUAUAUUUUUACAGGAUGAACUACAUGCUCGUGAGUUUGUAAAUGGACAUAAGGUGGCAACUGAAGAGACAUUUGCUCGCUGGCAUGUCGAAGUAAUUGUAGAUGGCAAAAAGACCUCUGUAACUCUCAGCCAUGAAGGCAACAGCACCUACUCUGUUCAGGUUAAGGAUGGCAAGUUCACUGUCAUUUUGCCUGCUAACCUUUCCCUUCCUCUUGUCAAAGCUGUCGUUUGUGGUGAUGAGUACACCUUGCAGCUUCUUCAGCGUGACUACUCGGGAAACUUCAAGAUUUCCUUUGAGGGCACAUCGUUGAGUGCAAAGGUGCUUAUGCAAGAGGCGGCCAAUUUUCUGAGCAUGAUGCCUGAGAAGCCAAAGGCAGAUACAAGCAAGAUUGUGGAGGCACCAAUGCCUGGUGUGGUUAAACACGUGACUGUCAAAGUUGGGGAUAUGGUGGCUGAACAACAAGAAGUGUGUGUCAUCGAAGCAAUGAAGAUGCAAAAUAGCUUGGUGUCUGCUGCCAUGGGCAAAAUCAAAGGUGUGUUUGUCAAGCCAGGCCAGACUGUUGAUGAGGGCCAGCUGCUUGUUGAGCUGGAGUGAUCUGCACUUGGAAGUUUCUCUACUGAGGUCUACAGUUUUGUAAUAAAUAUACAGAAGACAAAAAAGCCCCGUUUCUUGUUUCUCCAUUACUUUCACGUUUGUGGUAAUUUUAUGUUCCAAGAUAUUGAGUAUGCAUAGGCAGUUUUGACACCGCUCCUUCAUAGAAGGUUGUCAUAUACAAGAAAAUUGGAUAGAACAUGUUGCAUUUCUGAUGACAUGGUACAGUUAUCUUAGUUGGGCCAGUGUGUAUGCACAGAAGUGCAACUUUGUGUGUGUGGUUGCAGUUGCACUAAGGUAAUAAUGUUUUGCAUCUUGCAGCAGGAUAAGUGGCCUGCCAGAGCUGUUGCAUUGGUAACUGUAAUUGUGAAAAAUAUAGCUCGUAUGUGCUUGUGGAAUGGGUGUGGCACAUUUUAUAAGCACAAGUACAUGCUUUUAGAUGCUGCUACUAUGUGUAUGUUAAAAAAUACAUUUCAUGUGACUUCCGAUUUGCUACCAGCUGUAUGACCAGCUUGUUUUGUGUACCCGUGCCGACUAUUACUAUUUCAACCAUAGUAUUGUGUAGCAUUACAGCUUGGAUUCUGUACUGCUGCAUGGUGGGCUGGGGUAUAUUAUGUAUUUUCUGGCAUUUAAUUGAAGCUGCAUUGUUCUUAAGCAUCGGAGGUCAUGUCAUUCUGUUUCCAUUCACAUUGGUAUGGUAUAUAUUUUGUAUUGUCUAUUUGCAAGCAUAGCACUCCUUGUCUUUGGGCAGUGAUCCACACUGGUGGUGCUGUGGCAGUGAGCUUAAAUGCUAUCAUGGGUGGUAUAACAUAUGCCAAUAAAGCAACCUUGAGUCCAA